AUGCAGAUUCGCACGGGCCAGCCUCGCUUCGAGUCGAUGGAUAACUACAAGACGCGCCAGGAUCAGGUCAACGGCAGCGGGUCUGUAACAACGAUCUCUCACAGGCUGGACAGGAUGACCACGCAGAGCAUCAUGGAGGAUCAGAAAUUGAUGAAGGAGUCCUAUUUGAGGUAUUACUUAAAAAGGGUGGUGAGGAGUGGCCCUUUUAGUGCACUGUCCAUGAUGGUCACAGUGUGGCAGGCGAUUUGGAUCGCCGUCGACGUGGACAAAAACGGCAGGAUGCUACUGUUCGAGAAGGCUUCCGGGGACAUCGCCAUCGAGUAUUUCUUCUGCGCCUAUUUCUUAUGCGAGCUGCUCCUGCGCCUCUUCGCCACGACGCCCACGAAGGCGUGCCUGCAGAGCAGGUGGUUCGUAUUCGACCUUGUGUGUGUGGCUGGGUCUCUGAUCGAGGCGGUGCUCAUACCGACAGUGAACCUUAUUUCGCGCGGCGCCGUCUCGAAUUGGAAAGGCUUCAGCGCCUUACGCCUGGUGCGGCUCGCCAAGAUCCUCAG